AUGAGAUCAAACCCUAGCAGAAGAAAUCCAGAUUUCUGGUGCGAGUUUCAUAACGACCAUGGUCAUAAAACAGCAGAUUGUAGAUUGCUACAAGGUGAAAUAGAGCAUUUAUUAAAACAAGGAUAUUUAACCGAUUUGUUUAGUGAUAAUGGUAAGCAAACGUAUACGAAGAAUAGACAAGAGCCACCAAAUCCUCUAUCACUAAAAAGAAUGGUUAAUGUGAUAAGAGGAGGAGAGGAGGUCAACGGUGUAACAUAUACGGCUGCAAAAAAGACAUCAAAAGUCACGGUUACCCAAGGAAAGCAAGUUCGCCAAGUUUUGGAAGAAGACAACAUAAUGUUUGAUGAUGCAGAUGCAGAUGGCGUGAUGAUCCCUCGCAACGAUGCACUGCCAUUAAUUCAGCUCUUUGGCUCACUUAGGAUCAGAAAUAGUUGGAACCUUUCUGCUUCUGUUCUAUAUUCAAAAUUACAGCAUUUGGAGUCAUUUGUAGGAUUAGAUCUGUCUGUUUGA